CACUGUCACAUUUUUAUAACCUUAAAAACAAGAUAUUUUGAACUGUUUAAAAACAAAUAAAUAAAUCGAAAUGAGUAAAAUUUUCACGCCUACGAAUCAAAUCCGAUUGACGAAUGUGGCCGUCGUGCGAAUAAAGAAAGCCGGCAAGCGCUUCGAAAUAGCCUGUUACAGAAACAAAGUCGUGUCAUGGAGGAACCAAGUUGAAAAGGACAUAGACGAGGUGCUGCAAACGCACACGGUCUUCGCGAACGUAUCGAAGGGCCAAGUGGCGAAAAAGGAGGAUUUGAUCAAGGCGUUCGGCAAAGACGAUCAAACUGAAAUAUGCAAGGAGAUACUGGCCAAAGGAGAGCUGCAAGUCUCGGAUAAAGAAAGACAAAGCCAAACGGACCAGCUCUUUAAAGAUAUCGCCACGACGGUGGCUGAUAAAUGUUUAAACCCGGAGGUGAAGAGGCCGUAUCCGGUUACGAUCAUCGAAAAAGCCAUGAAAGACGCGCAUUAUUCGGUCAAACCGAAUCAAUCGGCCAAACAACAAGCCUUGCAGGUGAUAAAACUCCUGAAGGAAACCAUUCCCAUCGAGAGAGCCAAGAUGAGAUUAAAAGUCAACUUCAAAGGAAAGGCAGCUAAGAAGAUUAAGGAAAAAUUAACCAAAAUGGAAAGUAUCGAGAUCGAAAAAGAAGAUAGGGAAGAAGACGAAAUUACCGUUGUGUUUUUAGUCGAUCCUGGUUGUUUCAAAGAAAUCGAUUCUAUGGUAAAGGCGGAAAGCAAAGGCUCCGCUCUGUUAGAAGUCCUGUCUUACAAGGAAAUGGUUUUAGGCGAAGAACAUUUUUGAUUUAAAAAUCAAGCUAACAUACAAUAUUACGUUUAUGGAUUGUUACACCUAAUAUUCGAAUUGUGAAAUUAUUUUAAACAAAUAAAAAAAAAUAUUCUUCAA